AUGAAGGACUGCUCAGAUAUCAUCCUGUGUGUGGAGGCGACAGAGCCGAGGAGCUGUGCCCAUGACGAGUUCCCCUGUGACCAUCUCAUCUGCCUGCUACCUGACUCAGUGUGUGAUGGUUUUUCCAACUGUGCUGAUGGCAGUGACGAGACCAACUGCAGUGCCCAGUUCUCGGGAUGUGGGGGAAAUCUGACUGGGCUCCAGGGCACUUUCUCUGCUCCGAGCUACCUGCUGGAAUAUCCUCACCAACAGCUUUGCACCUGGCAUAUCUCAGUGCCUGCUGGACAUGGCAUAGAACUACAGUUCCACAACUUCAGCCUGGAAGCUCAGGAUGUGUGCAAGUUUGACUACGUGGAGGUGUAUGAGACCAGCAACUCAGGAGCCCUUGGCCUCCUGGGCAGGUUCUGUGGAGCAGAGCCACCCCCUCGCCUCAUCUCCUCACACCACCAACUGGCUGUGCUGUUUAGGACAGAUCGUCGUAUCAACAGCAGGGGCUUCUCAGCCACCUACCAGGCCCUCAAUGACACAGAGAAACCCUGUGGGCCCAGAGAGUCCUCCUGUGAGGAUGGAGGGUGUAAGAGUCUGCAGUGGAUGUGUGACACAUGGAGAGACUGCACGGGUAGCAAUGAGGACAAGUGCAGCAGCCCCUUGUUUCCACCUUCAGAGCUGGCCUGUGAGCCUGUACAAGUGGAGAUGUGCAUCGGGUUGAGCUACAACACCACGGCCUUCCCUAACAUCUGGGUGGGCAUGGCCACCCAGGAGGAAGUGGUGGAGGUCCUCAGAGGUUACAAGAGCCUGACAAGUCUGCCCUGCUACCAGAAUUUCCGGAGGCUCCUCUGUGGGCUGCUGGUGCCCCACUGCACCCCACUAGGCAGUGUUCUUCCCCCUUGCCGCUCUGUCUGCCAGGACACAGAGCACCAGUGCCAGUCUGGCCUGGCACUACUGGGUACCCCUUGGCCCUUCAAUUGCAACAGGCUGCCUGAGGCAGCUGGUCUGGAGGCUUGCGCCCAGCCCUGACCCUGAAGUGGACCCCUGCCCUCUGCCUGCCCAUCUCCUUUGUCUAUCAGGGCAGGCAGGCAGGUAAACAAAGGAAGGGGGACCAGCAUGGGAUUCUGCCCAUCCUUUUUGAGGCCUCCUAGGGAGGGGAGAAGAAGUCCUCAAUUGGGAUAAUGAGACUCUCCCACUCUCUCUCCCAGUUCCUUCCAUGUCCCUUUACUAGCCCCAAACAGCAGGCCUGGCUCCCCACAGUGCCAUUAGCAAUCUAAACAACUUCCCACCCAAGCCCCUGACCCCCAUUUCCUAUCUUCUGCCUUCCCCCCUCUCCAUCUGCUUUUCCAGAUUCUCUAUUACCCACCUUCUGACUUUUUCCUUUAUUCAAUAAAACGUAUUGAGUACCUGGUAAUGUGGCAGGCCCUGUUCUAAGCCCUGGGAAUUCAGUUGUCUAUCUGCCUCUGAAAACUCUCCAUCCGCAGCUCUCAGCUUAUAUUUCUCCUGGACUGGAGUCUUGUCCUUGGUCUCUUUGUC